AUGUCUGAGAAUGAAGUAUCAACAUCACCCGUCGUCGAAUUCUCAGAAAGUCCUGGUGCAGAUAAUGAGUCGGAUAAGCAACAAACUACUACCGCUACUUUAUUAAGAAGCACCGAAUAUCGUUCUCAAGCUGGAAUACUAAUUGAUUGGGACGAUCCAUGUUCGUCUGCUCAAGACCCGGACACACUUGUCAACUCACCAGAAAAUCAAGUAUGUGUGUUGCCAUUUGGGUGUCGUAAAAAGUCUCUAAAAAUAUUAUUGUUACAUGGAAAUUUAAGUAUUUGUGUUAAUGAAGCAACAGAGCUUCCAAACAUGGAUACGUUUCCUAAAACAAUGGGUGAAGUUUUUUAUAGAGAUAAGAAUUCAAGUAAUCCGUAUGUAUCUAUUGCUCUAACGAGCACUGUGAUUGGAAAAACUCGGGUGGUUAAAAAUACUGAAAGUCCUGUUUGGAACCAACAGUUUAAUGUUCAUGUUGCGCAUUAUGCGUCUGAAGUUCAUUUUUUGGUGAAAGAUAGCGAUAAAUUGGGAUCUCAACUUAUAGGUGUUGUGGCAAUCCCAGUUGAAGAUAUAUAUAAUGGAUCUAAAUUAGAAGGAUUUUUUCCGUUGUUGAACACAAACGGGAAGACUAUAAAACAUGGGUCGUGUUUAGGACUUACUAUUCAAUACAUUCCGGUUGAAAAAUUGAGUUUUUAUGAUAACGGAGUUGGAGCUGGUCCUGAAUAUUUUGGGAUUCCUGGAACUUAUUUUCCAUUAAGGAAAGGAGGCCGAGUUACUUUGUAUCAAGAUGCACAUGUACCUCAUAAUAGCCUUCCAAGUACUGAGCUUGAUGGUGGCAUGGAUUAUGUUCAUGGUACAUGUUGGAUUGACAUAUUUGAUGCAAUUGAAAAUGCUCAGCAUCUUGUUUAUAUAACUGGAUGGUCGGUAUGGCAUAAAGUGAAAUUGGUCCGUGAGUCAGAGAACGCACCAGAAUGCACACUUGGAGAUCUUCUAAAAACCAAGUCACAGGAAGGUGUUAGAGUUUUGCUUCUUGUUUGGGAUGAUCCUACUUCAACAAACAUCAUGGGCUACCAAGUGGAUGGACUCAUGGAUACCCAUGAUGAAGAGACUCGGCGCUUUUUUAAGCACUCUGCUGUGCAAGUGUUGCUUUGCCCUCGCAUACCUGGGAAGAAACUUAGUUGGGCCAGGAAGCAGGAAGUUGGAACUAUCUAUACGCACCACCAGAAAUCUGUCAUUGUAGAUGCUGAUGCAGGAAAUGGUAGAAGAAAAAUCGUAUCAUUCGUUGGGGGACUUGACCUAUGUAAUGGUAGAUAUGAUAAUCCAAAGCACCCGAUAUUUAAAACACUAGAGACAAUACAUGCUGAGGACUAUCACAAUCCAACUUUCACGGGUAAUGUUACGGGUUGUCCAAGAGAACCAUGGCAUGAUCUGCAUAGUAAAAUUGAUGGUCCAGCUGCAUACGAUGUUUUGCAAAACUUUGAGGAGCGGUGGAUAAAGGCUUCAAAAUUUAGCAUCAUCAGAAAGCCAAAGGCAAAAUAUGAUGACGCUUUAUUAAAGAUAGACGAUAUGCCAGAGUUUUUGACUGUUGAUGAUGAACCUUGCCUUAGUGAUCAGGACCCUGAAGGGUGGCAUGUACAGAUUUUCCGUUCAAUUGAUUCAACCUCAGUUAAAGGCUUCCCAAAGGAUCCUAUAGAAGCUACAGCCAAGAACUUGGUUUGUGCGAAGAAUAUGCUUAUUGAUAUGAGCAUACAUUCUGCAUAUGUAACGGUUAUUCGUGCUGCACAACAUUUCAUUUACAUUGAAAACCAAUAUUUUAUUGGUUCAUCGUACAAUUGGACUAAUUAUAAGGAUUUGGGUGCCAAUAAUCUAAUUCCAAUGGAGAUUGCACUUAAAAUUGCUAGUAAGAUCAAAGCAUAUGAAAGAUUUGCUGUUUAUAUCGUAAUCCCUAUGUGGCCAGAGGGUGUCCCGACAGGUUCUGCUACACAAAGAAUUUUGUUUUGGCAGAACAAAACAAUGCAAAUGAUGUAUGAGAUCAUCUACAAUGCUUUGGUGGAUGCUGGGCUAGAGGAAGCAUACUCACCGCAAGAUUAUCUGAACUUUUUCUGUCUUGGCAAUCGUGAAGACACGAGCUCAAAGGAUGAUUGGCUAUUUGACUAUUCUCCCGAGGCACUCGCUCGUAAGAGCGGAAGGUUCAUGAUCUAUGUCCAUUCAAAAGGCAUGAUAGUGGAUGAUGAGUACGUGAUCAUAGGAUCUGCAAAUAUUAAUCAACGGUCAAUGGAGGGAACUCGGGACACAGAGAUUGCAAUGGGAGCUUACCAACCUCAUAAUACGUGGGCAAGGAAACAAAUGGAUCCUCGAGGACAGGUAUAUGGGUAUCGAAUGUCUUUGUGGGCUGAGCAUCUUGGGACAGUUGACGACACGUUCACACAUCCAGAGUCUAUAGAGUGUGUAAAAAAGGUUAGAUUAAUGGCUGAAGCAAACUGGGAACAGUUUGCUUCAAAUGAAAAGUCUGAGAUGACUGGUCAUCUCAUGAAGUAUCCUGUCCGGGUUGAUCGAAUGGGCAGAGUAAGAUCUCUUGAGGGAAGCGAGGAGUUUCCAGAUGUAGGAGGUCAAAUUGUUGGGUCAUUUCUUGGACUUCAAGAGAAUUUAACUAUUUGA